ACAGAGCUGUCACUGUGCGGAGCUCUGCGGGCUGCGGGUGUUGUGUUUCCCCCCUCAUCGCCAUUUUUCAGCCGCCAGACGGCUCGAUGUAACGAUGGACACCGACUACUCGUCCGGCCUGGAGAACCCUCUGUACACCGAGCUCAAACACUUCUGCAGGAAGAUCCAGGAGGCCUACAGCGAGCUGAAGGAGGACCUGACGCCUUACCGGGAUGAUCGCUUUUACAGACUGGCCCCCAUGCGGCUCUACACCCUGUCCAAAAGACAUUUUGUCUUGGUCUUCGUGUUUUUCCUGAUCUGCUUUGGCCUCACAAUCUUCAUUGGAAUUGCAGGUCCCAAGGUUAUUACUGAGCAAGAGCACAGUGGUGAUCAGUUACUUCUCAGAAACCUCUCAGUUAAGACUGGGCCCUUCAAUCUAGUCUCACCUCCCCUCACCACCUACAACCAGCAGCUAUGGCUCACCUGUGUGAUGCAGGCUGAACACAGCAAUAUGGGAGACUUCCAGCAGCCAUUCGAGAUCAAUGUUGAGCUAAAGGGAGUGAUGCAGGACGCCAGCGUGAUGCACAUCAACAAUGUGCACCAGAAAUCACGAACGCUACACUGCGGGGAUAAAUGUGAUGAGAUCAUUGUGCUCCAUCUUGGCUAUCUGAACUACACCCAGUACCAGGUCAUGGUCAGCUUCAACGGCCUUGAAAAUAUCACGUAUGAAAUCAAGGUCAAGUUUGUGUGGAAAACGUACAACCCCACCUUUUCUCAAGUGGAGAUCUGGUUCCGGUUUGUCUUUGUGGUGUUGACCUUUAUGGUGACGUGUUUGUUUGCACACUCACUGAGGAAGUUUUCUAUGAGGGAUUGGGGCAUAGAACAGAAGUGGAUGUCUAUCCUGCUCCCGAUGCUGUUACUCUACAACGAUCCAUUUUUCCCGCUGUCAUUCCUGGUGAACAGCUGGUUUCCGGGGAUGUUAGACACGUUCUUCCAGGCUCUGUUCCUGUGCGCCCUGCUGCUCUUCUGGCUCUGUGUUUAUCAUGGAAUCAGGGUUCAGGGUGAGAGGAAAUGUCUAACGUUCUACCUGCCUAAGCUGAUUAUUGUAGGUCUUCUGUGGCUGUCAGCGGUUACACUGGGCAUAUGGCAAACGGUUAAUGAACUCCAAGACCCUACCUAUCAGUAUAAAGUAGACAUAGUGAACUUCCAGGGCAUGAAGGUCUUCUUCCUGAUUGUAGUUGCCUUCUACAUCCUCUACUUGGUUUUCCUGGUGGUCAGAGCUUGUACUGAACUCAAGAACAUGCCUUACUCAGAUCUCCGGCUAAGGUUUUUGACAGCUCUGACGUUUGUGGUCCUUGUUAUAAGCAUGGUCAUUCUCUACCUGAGGUUUGGCGCAAAGGCUCUCCAGGACAACUUUGUCGCUGAACUGUCUACUCAUUACCAAAACUCAGCUGAAUUUUUAUCAUUCUAUGGUCUACUCAACUUUUACUUGUACACAUUGGCAUUUGUGUAUUCCCCCUCCAAAAAUGCACUUUAUGACUCCCAGUUGAAGGAUAAUCCUGCUUUCUCCAUGCUAAAUGACUCGGAUGAUGAAGUAAUAUAUGGGAGUGAUUAUGAAGACAUGCCUUUACAAAACGGACGUGCUAUCAAGGCAACUGCCAAGUACCAGGAUGAGAGUGACAGUGACUGAUCAGGUCUCUGAUUGGCUUGUUGUGUCCCUGUUGGAAACUAUGGGAAUACAAUACAAUCAACUAUCUUGUGAAUGUGUAAAUAAGGAGUACUUGCAUUGGUAAUAUGAAAUUAUAUACUGUACGUGUACAUAAUUAUAUUUUUAAAAAAGUUUCAUGUCUACUGAAUGUACUGUAUUUUACUGAAAGUUGGGGCAAGUAGCCAUCCACCUUUUUUCAUUGUUUUUGCUUUCCGUCUCAUUGACAAACAAAGGAAACAAAAUGAUGUUCAAUGAUAUAAUUUUUACACGUUUGCCAAUUUUUUUUCAUCAUAACAUAUCUUCACAACCUGUUAGAUAGAAUUAAUUGUGUAAAGUGCUAAUAUUAAUUUGGGGAUUUUUUUUGUGUGUGAAAUCAAGUUAUUUUGAAUGCUUUGCCUUGAACCACUACUGUCUCUUUAUUGCACUUUGUUGUUUUUGCCGUUACUUUCUGUUCACUGACAGUCUGAGAAAAAUGAGAAUGCAUAUAUCUGGACAAAGCUGGGUUACAUUCUAGUAGAGUAAGCUUAUGCUGUAGCAGCCGUUAGCGCACAUUUUGGGCUAACUAUCACUGACAUGAGUGAUGGACGGGAAUUAAAGUGCCAUAGCAAUGUUGGCUGCUGACAAAUUCUCUUUUUCCUCAGGCAUGUUUUCUUAUUUUUAAAGUGAGAUUCUUAGGAGGGGUAGGUCUCACUUCUCUCUUACCACUUCCCUCUGAAAGCAGCUUUGUAAUUGCCCUUGUUUAAGAAUUUAACUUAUUUAGCUAAAAAGUGACGACUUGAUACUGUAUUAUCUGACUACCUGGAUGAAUGGCUUUUGAUGGAUUGCUUGGAUUUUACACAACGAAUGUAGAGGACUACUGACUUAUCAAGUUAAAUAUUUCUUAUCUCCACACAUACCGUAGAUAUACCAUUGGCCAAAUCUAUUUUGCCUUAUGUGGAACACUUUCUUUUAAGCAGUCGUUUUGUUUUUUUUUCCCCAUAACUUUCCCUGUAUUACUUACAGUGUGAGAUUUGCUGCCCUUUCUAUUAUUUCAUAAAACUGGAAAUCAUGGACAAAAACAACCAAAACAAAUGUGUUUCAUGUAUUCAUGUGAAUAUGUAUUAUAAUCAAGAUGGUGCCUUGUCUUACCGUUUCUUUUACAUGGGCUGCCGUCUCAAAUGUAAAAAUGAUUUGACAUAAAUGAACAUUUUUGAUUAUUUCAGUGUGAAUGUAGUGGUUAAAUGAGGUUGUUGUGGGUCCUAGUAUGUUGGAAAUUCCUACAAUUGUUGUUGCUUCAUAAGAUGAAAGCUGUACAUGUAGCACUCUGUCAUGUCACAUGUUAAUAAAGCAAGGUGUAUACAGCACAGUAUUGUUUUAAUCCGUUAGCG